AUGGGCGAGCUGCCCUCGUUCGUCGUGGAGCACUACCUGCGGCGGGGUGGCUGCGAGACAAGCGACCCGGAAAUCUUGCAGAUCGCCGCGGACGCGACGGAAUCCUUCGUCACAAGGAUUCUCAGAGAAGCGCAGGAGAUUUCCAAGUCACGGCGUGCGCAAACUGCUGCAUGUGAUGAGCAGGCAGCCCCGGAUGCACCGGACAACAGUGCAGGGAAGCCCUCCAAGCGGCAAAGGACCGCAGAGGAGCCUCCACAAGAUUCGUCGAAGAACGACGGGAGCAUCUUGCAUCUACAGGAUCUUCUUCAAGCCUUGCGCCGCUUCUGA